AUGGUCACUUCGCAGGGUUGGGGCAAUGACUUCACAACAUGGAAACCCGAUGACUUCUGUGGGAUGAGCGCCUGUUCAGUUAAAAAGGACAUGGUUUGGACUCCAGACAUUGUCAUAGCUGAAAGCAUCAAGACAGAGAUUGCAACGAUGGAGAACGCGUUUGUGCGUCUGGAGAGUCGAGGUAUUGUCUUCGCAUCGAACACCCUGGCUGUGACCUCGGCCUGCAAGAUGGACCUGCACCUGUUCCCCUUUGACACCCAAAGCUGCACCCUCACCAUCAUGUCUUCGGUUCAUUCAAGUACAUUUCAUUCUCAGAAAGCAAUGUAGAUCAGCGUUGUGCACAACUCAAACCUAAGAAACUCAGCUCAUUGUUUUUGAAGUUCUGAAUUUUCUCCAUUCAUUUUCCCAUAGCGUAAAACAGAAGUUAAGGUUUUCAUUUUUUCCACUAUUGUGAAGUGCAUCCACUUGAAAUGGCUCUGAAGUGAGAAAAAAUGUGGGGCGGUGCCUGAUUUCAUUCUUUGGGAACCGAUUGGAUUGUUAAAUGAUGGACGUUGCUAACAAGAAAGAUUGACGAAUAGAGGAAUUCAGAGCAGAAAUGAGA